UGAAGGUUUAAGAUAUCAUUUGAAUAACCUAUGCACAUGUUGUUUAAGGCACAUUCAAACAAACGGCUGGACCAUGUUUAAUUGUGACACACAAAUUACAGCUGGAGAAAAGAAAACGUAGAGCAUAAUGCGAUUGUGCUAUAUCAGAGGAAUCGAAGAAUAUGUCCAGAAUUUAUAGCAAGUUGUGUUCCCUAUUGUUAGUCGAACAUUUUGGACCUAUUGUACAGCAAGUAGGCACUGAUUUGAUUAAUAAUGGCCAAAGGUCGUUACAUUCGAUUAUAUCUACAGUAGAUCUGCCAGCUACAAAGGUAAAAGAAGCACUGUAUGUUCUUGUAAAACAUGGCUUUGUCACUUAUAUUAAACAAAAGACUAAUCUAUACGUGAUCGAUUGCAAAAGAAUCAUUAUGAUUCUUCGCUAUCCAAGAUACAUGUUUCUUGUGAAAACAUAUUGUGGAAAUGAAAGUGAGGUCAUGUUGGAAGAGGUUUUGAAGCACGGUUAUAUCACAGCAUCCGAUUUAAUAGUAAAAACAUACAACAGAAUUCAGGAAUUACCGUCAUCUCAAGAACCAUCUGUUGAGAAUGUGAAAGACACAUUUGAAUUAUUGGUUAAAAAUCAAUUUCUAAUGCGUAGUCUCUCUUUUGAUAUGAAUUUGGAUGAUACGAAAAAGCCAGAUUAUAAUUUACCGGAUCUUAACUUACGAGUCAUUUUUAACUUACUGGAAAAUGGGGAAGGUGAUCCCGGAGAUAGCAAGAUAUAUUGGAAAGUCAAUUUUGAUCGAUUUACUCAAGAUCUUAGGGACCAAAUUGUAAUAUCAGCUAUUACUCAAAAAUUUGAUAAAAAUGCUGGGGAACUAAUGAGACAGUUGAUCAAUUUGAUGUACUUGCGAACUGCAUCUUGGUCAGAUACGUCAAAUCCAAUUCCAUAUACUGAAAUAAAGGAUGCAGUGAAGAAAUUGAAUUAUCCAGAAUUGGAGCAAUAUCUCGAACAAUACUUGCAUCUUAUAGAAGUAGACAGCAAUCGUUUUAUCAUGCGAGUUGGCGAUUCCAGUGGAGGGCAGUACAGCGUCAACAUGAAGAAUGCGUUCAAUCAGUUGGCGUGGGCAACUUUGGACAAUAUCGUAACGGAAAAAUUUGGCAGUAAAGCUGCAAGAAUUUUUAGAUUAAUACGUAAUAAAACCACCAUUGAAUUAGAACAACUUCAGCAAGUUGCAAUGAUGCCAACGAGACAAGCUAAAUUGUUAACAUACACCUUGGCGCAAGAAGGUUACAUACAGGUGCAAGAAAUGAAAAGAAGUGGAGUUUCAGCUGGACCGAUGAAAACAUUUUUCAUGUUUUAUAUCGAUUUGAAUCAAGUUGUCCAAAUGCAAAUCGGGCAUUGUUAUCAUGCUUUGCAUAAUAUCAUACAGAGACGAGAUCACGAGUCAACUAGUAAUAAACGAAUGAUUGAUAAGCAACUAAGAGUGGAUAUACUCUCUAGCAAUAUGAAAGAACAUGGCGCCACCGAAGAACAAUUAGCUGAUAUUGCAGAAAUGGUCACACCAUCUGAGAAGCAACAACUGGAAAAGGUGCAAAAGUCAAUACAGAAAUUGAGUGCCGCGGAAUUGUUAAUAGACGAAACCCUAUUUUUGUUAGAUAUAUAUCAACGCUAUCAUUAAAUAACUCC